AAGGUUAAUGGUGGAGCGGCUCCGCGUGGACGGUUUUUUCGGCAGCCCUCCGCGCCAUCGCGCACCGGCGUUCCCGUUUGGGACUCUGCUUUUUCAGGCGCUGUCCUCACCACCCCUGCCAGGACCGGGGGCGCCGGGGAGCGCGGGGCGGCGGGGAGCGCGCGGGGCGGCAGGGCUGGGCGGGUGGUCGCGUCGUUAUGGCCAAGCACCAUCCGGACCUCAUCUUCUGCCGCAAGCAGGCGGGCGUCGCAAUUGGAAGACUUUGUGAAAAAUGUGAUGGCAAAUGUGUGAUCUGUGACUCCUACGUGCGGCCCUGCACUCUUGUGCGUAUAUGUGAUGAGUGUAACUACGGCUCGUACCAAGGGCGCUGCGUGAUCUGCGGGGGUCCAGGAGUGUCUGAUGCCUACUACUGCAAGGAGUGUACCAUCCAGGAAAAAGAUAGAGAUGGUUGCCCUAAGAUUGUCAACCUAGGCAGUUCCAAGACAGAUCUCUUCUACGAAAGGAAAAAGUACGGCUUCAAGAAGAGGUGAUCCUAUCCAUAUGUGGCUACACCUCCUGUCAGGUUGGCAAGAGGGUCUUGGAACAUCUGUGGACUUUAAUAUUAUUGAAAACCGUUUGAUUAUUUUUUCUAAAGCAGUACAAAUUCAGUAGUAUGCUUGGGGUUGGAGAAGUAAGAGACUGAGUGGGGACUGAAACCCAAUCAGAACUGAGUAUCAGAGAGAGCAAAUGAGGAUUACUGUCUGUUGCCUUUUCAGAAGCUCUGCUAGUAGCUGCCCCAGCUUGCUAUAAAAAUCCUGGUGGGCAAGUAUUUACACAUGGAGCAGACCAGCUCAGCAAAAAGCAAGUGCCAUUACUGGUGUGGGGAAACACCUUGCAGUUGUUCUUACCAGCCCUCCUCUCAAUUGUUUGAAAUCAUGCCGCACAUCAGUAUUGAAGAACAGAGCGAGUCCCAUGUGUCUGCUCCCCCCACCUCCCUCCAGUAUAUUUCCAUGCUGCCCUGUUUUGUAAGGAACCUGCUCGUGGCUCAUGCCUUCCUAGGGAGAGCACAGCUGUUCCAUGUUUUCUUUGACAUAUUAAUCCAAGGCCCUUUCUUGCAACCAUUUCUGUAGGAUGCAUACCAAUAAAGCUUCUUCUUUUGUU